GUGUGGUUUGCUGUCUCUACGCCUAGAUUUUUCUUUGGAGGCUGGGUUCAAAGAGAACAUUCCCUUUUGCUGGCCUCUCUGCUCGCUGGUUGCGUUGUGUGAAUGAACCACUAGACCUGACCCACGACGCAGUGAUGUGCUCUGGAGAGGAGGAGCGACUGGGGACAAGGUUAAGCUGCCAGACAGGAGCCAAACAGCGGCCACUGGAGACACAAGGGGAUCAGAAAAACACAUCAGGAACAAAACUCCCAGCCUCCACUCUCACAGGAACCUCUGCAUCUCCAAGUCCCUCUUUGGUUGAAAUUCCAAUAGAAGAUGGCUCAAUCAACAAGACACCCAGAACACAGCAGUGAUAAGUAUUCAGUAAAAGAUGAAAAAGAUCAUUAUCCCAAAGAGCGGCACCGUGAUCACCGUCAUCGUGAUGAUCGUUCCCGUCCCAGUAGGGAACACAGAAAGUAUCCGGAUCAUGACAGCAGAAGCACUCAAGAUGGGGAUCAUUCUAAACCAAAACAUAAUAGAGACCGCGAGAAGAGGAGAGAGCGAGAGAAAAGACAUGAUGAUAGAAACGCUCAUCCAAGGGAAGACCGACAUAGGAGUGAGAGGGAUUAUCGUGAGAGGGAACAUCGUGAGCGGGAACACCAUAGAAGGGAUGAUCACUACAACAAACCAGAGAGAGAGCAUCAUUCUCAAACUUACAGUCGUUCAGCAGAUGAUAAUCAUCAGCAUUACAAAAAUGAAAAAAGAGUUCCUUUCCCAGAUGAUCAUGUUUCUCAUAGAAAUGACAGAUCUAUUGCAACUGUACCAGUGGAAUACAUAGAGGCUGAAGACCACACGACACCAUCUGAAAUGCACUACUUUGAGCCUGACUAUUCAGAAGGGAUCUUGAAUUUCUUCAAAUGUCGAUACCUUUGCACAAGUCGAGGUCUUUGUCAGUUGGUGGAGGUGCUGCUGAAUCUCUUAAUUCUGGUGUGUGGGGCAAUCUCCUACGCUGGCACUGGGGGCUACACGGACCUGUCCAGUCUGGGAAGCCUUUACUACUACUCUUUUGGAUCAGCGUAUAGUGGAUUUCAAGGAGCAGAGGCUGAAAAAGUAAACCAACUGGAUGCUGAAUUUUACCGGCUGAAGUUGCCGACAGUCACGGCCACAAUGGCAUACAGUGGAGCCCUGAUGACUUUUGCGUGCCUUCUAUUGGUUCUAGGUGUGGCACGGAUACCUUGGCGAUUUCCAAUCUUACUGAUUAUUGAAUGUGGACUGGACAUCGUGAUAGGUUUUGCCUACAUACCUGCGCUGUAUUUUUAUUUCCAACACCUAAUAGAAGGCUACAAUUCAGCAGUGUGCAAGGAAAGGAUGAGCAUGUACAAAAGCAAAGGAUACGAUGGAUUUAACUGUAGUCUGCAUGGUGCUGACAUUGCUGCUGGUUUGUGUGCUGCCCUAGCAGUUAUAGUAUAUGAACUCAAUGCAUUUGCGGAUAUUUUAGCAUUUAGGACAGUUAAAAAGCUAAAGGGGGAAAAUAAGGAAAAUUAUGGUGUGUAGAUAAUUUAAAGAUCAUGUUUUGGUAAACCUAUUACAGUUUUUGAAGAAUACGCAGCAGUCUUUCAGUCAAGUUUUAGGUAACAAGUCCUAUUUUAAGUAAGGAAUCAUUUUAACAAUAUAAAUGCGCUCAUGUGUCACUUUGGGACAGUGUGUAAAAUGUUAAGCAUUUAUGUCAAAACCAGUUUAUCUAAAAGAAACACUCAGUGAAAGUGUACCAAUUACUCAACCAUAACAUCAUCCAUCAAAAUUCUAAACAGCAAAUGCAAAGUUCACGAGUCAAGAUCCAAAACACUGCAUUGUUCUAUUUAUUCCAUUGAAUGCAACUGGGAAAAUAACUUAACAAUUAUUUUCUGGGUGUAUAAUCAACAUCUUUGUAUGUUUAAAUUUUUCUAUUGACAAUUGGUGUUCUCUUUGUGUCCCGUAAAUUGUACGGUGCUAUAGUUCUGAAAGAAAUGUAACCUGUUGAUUGUUUCAGUUUGGAAACUUUUAACAUUGUAUAAAGUUUCAAUUACAUUAAAAGAUACAAUGUCCAAUUUGUAAUUUUUCCUCCCCAAAUCAGUAUUAUCAAUCAUCAAUUAGAGUAAAAAUGUAGCAACU